AAAACGGAAAGCAUCUGAUCAAUUAUUCGAAAAGUAGUCUGUAUAGCUUUUCAAUUAUUAUUUCAUUUACGUAAGUUCACAUUUUAUUGAACGUUGUAAACUCUGGUCAUUCUUUUGAUUUCUAACGAAUCGAUGGCUCGUGCACCGCAUCGUAGUGGGCCUCUGAAACAGCAGAAUAAAAAGCAUAAAGGAGCUAGGAAAUCUUCAGAUAAAAACCCAAAGCCACAUGGCGUAACAAAAAACAAGGUAUUAUGCCAGUGUUAUUGGAUCAGAGUAAUAAUUAUUUUGUCACAAAUAGAAAUUUAUUUUUGUACUAAUUAGUACUCGACUCAGUGGUAAUGUCACAAAAUUGUUGUCGUUUCUAAAUAAUUGAUGAUCCAAAAGACCCCCUACGUUAUGCUACGUAUUUUGAUACUUGAGACUAUAUUGUAAAUUGAUCACGUAAGCAGUUUUCUUGGAGUUAGUGACUGCCACGUAGUAAACGCGUUAGUGCAUGUAUUCACAAUGUAAAUAUUACUACCCUUAGCUGGUUUCUCAUUCUGAAGACUGUACGUCAACAUGAAUAUAAUUUGAUCUACAGUGCUCUUGAUGAUAGAAGUGGUUUACAUAUAAAUACAAAACGAAUGAUUGGCAACAAAUAACAACCGCUAACUAAUUCUAUCGUACUCAGUUUUUACCGAGCCAGGUUUUUUAUCUUUAUGUGUUACUGAUGUUUUACAGAUAGAGAUCUGGAAGUCAAUACUGUAUCAUGACAGACAAUUGGAACUAGCAUGUUUUUUCUGUCUACUUAAAGACGUUGUAGUAAUCAGGUCAAAAAUCCGGCCGUAAAUUUAGUCAUUAAUUUGGCCGGUUGUCUGUUAUUAGGUUCUUCAAAUUUCCAAAAUAUGUGUUCGUUUAUAUGGUUUCGAGAGUACUUUUUAAGGCCUUUUUUCUAACUUCACCAUUUUUCCAUCAAAUUUUGUUUUCUAGUCCACUGCCAAAUUAAUCCGUCCAUUUUCUCACUUAGAGAUUAUUUUCAUAUACUAUCGCACAAUGCUAAAGAACGGUUCAUACAUAUAUCAUAAAAUCUGUAAGUACGAGAUCGAUCCCUAAAGGUUUUGGAAACAAAAUUAUUGCUUUCUUAAGCACAUAUCACAAAAAUAAAGAAAACUAGACAGUAGAUAUUGUUUGGUAUUUUCCCCUAACUUAUAAUUCUCGUUGCUUUUUUCAUAUGAUUGUGUUUAAAAUGUUCAUGAAUAUCAACUAAUUAUAUGCAAUUUGAGUAGUGGUAUAUACUUACUGGACAUUCCUCUCAGCAAGAAGUUUAUGACUUCUUUUGACAAAAUUUAAUGUCUUUAGAAGAGCGCUCGAAUCUGUGUUCAAGAAUUUAACACUAUAGGGGAAUUUUCAGCGUAUUUAUUACUAGUGCGUAGACUUUAGGAACGGAUGUUAUUCCCAAACUUAGUAAAUCUAAUUCUUCUACUGUCAUCAUAAAAGAACCACUCUCUCAAAUAGAUCAAAACAAUCAACAAUGGAAAUCAGCCCUGAUAAAUGUAAGUUUAUGUAAACGAUGCUGAAGUCCAGAAUUACAUUGUUUAAUAGAUCCACAACGUUGAAGCACCAGCUUCAUGUGAUACUGAAUAAGGACCAACGGCGCUUACUCUCCAAGCAACUCCGCAUACAAAAGAGAUUAGAGGUAAAAAAUCUUGAAGCAUCUCGUGGGACUAAGGGAAAUCCUAUAGCUUGUGUUUUGAUUCCUUUAUCGUCCUCAGUACCUACACACUUAGCCCAACUUUUAUUUCAAACAUGUGAACCAAAUACUGAGGUUAUAAAAAAGCCGGAUUGUUUGCAAAAUGUAGUCACUAUUCGCUCUCAAAUCCUCAAUAAAUACUUUAAUCUCAUUUGUGCUUACAGUGAUGAUCUUUUCGGUUGUCUCGACCUCGCAAAUUUCGCAGACUGGCUUGUUCUUUUAGUUCCAAGUAAUCCCUCAGAGAUUCCUGAUUCUGUUCAUGAGUUACUCACUGCCAUAUAUGCUCAAGGUUUUACAAAUGCUUCCUAUGCGGUUCUUUCUUCCAAUUCAAAUCUUAAAGAGUUAAAACAGAUUCUAGAGUAUAGGUUUCCAGUCCCCGAAUCGACGAUUCACCAACUAAAUUCAAGCGCCAAUGCUCUAAACCUCCUGCGGCAUAUUGCCUCAACCAAUCCGUCAAGUUUCCAUGUUAAAGGAAAGAAUGCAAAAGUGGCUGGACAGUCUACAGUGGCGCACACUGGAGCACGCUACCGAACUCGCUUACUUGUUGACUCUAUUGAACUAAUUUCUGAAAAUAAUGCUCAUGACGAUAUCACAAAAUCCGAGGUAUCAGUAUGUCUUCGUGGCCACCUACAUGGAGCACCAUUGAUUUUGUUCGAGGAGUUAGAGCAAAAUGGUUCUGCACUUGUUGGCCCUCAUGUGCAUUUGACUGGUUGGGGUGAUUUUCCUUUGAUAGAGGCUAAAUGGAUUGAUAACUAUCACUUACAACAGACGUGGCAAAUCUCAGAUCUUAACACCGUUGAAAAUAUAUCAACAAAAUACAUACCUCCAUCUACGUCAGUCAAUCUCACAAAUGAGAAUGAAGAUUGUGAGGAGGACUCUCUGUCAGAUGAAAUGUCUGUUGAUGAUUCACAUGAGUCAACAAGUGAAAACCAAUGGAAUGCAACGGAAGCGAUAUCUGAUCAUUUAGAAUCUGAGUUAUCUGGAAAUUCUGAUAUAGAAUGUGCUUCGAUAGCAAGUCAUACCGCUCAUACAAUGGCAGCCAGCGCUACCUCUACGUUCUCAUCUGCUCAGUUAGCAAAAUUCCGGGCUGCCAGAAUGGAAGAAAUGUUUCCGGAUGAGGUUGAAACCCCUUCAAACAUACCUGCUAGUGAACGGUUUGUAAAGUACUGUGGUCUUCCUCGUUUCCAAGGUAGCGUGUGGCCAGCAGAAAAGAAUUGGUUACCCAAACAUUAUCAAAAUAUCGCCUGCUUCAGAAACUAUCACCGUAAUAGGCGUACUAUGAUUCGUUAUAUUGAAAAAAAAUUAGCAGACUUUCAAUCAGCAUAUAAAUCAACAGGGAACGUCGUCAAGUACAUUCCGUCUGGUGUGGAUGUCGAGCUUCUGCUACAGCCUGUUUCACGGGAUCUUGGUGAAUCGAUAUUGUCUCACCACACGUUCCCUCAACCUAACGAAGCCAGAAAACCUUCUGAUCCAAGACCUCAUCCACUUAUAGUUUGGUCACUCUUACCUCAUGAAACUCAAAUGUCAGUCUGCCAUUUUACAAUGUUUCGGCGUGCUUCCGCUAUCCACGCUGUUUCAGAUUUGGCGGUUAUUGCAAACGCUGCAAAUAAAAUUACCGAGUCAUCAUCAAAAGAUAAUGGGAUUUGUGCGCUAGAGUUUGGUGAGGAGGCUUCAACACAGGUAGAACGAGAAGAUAAGUCAAUACAUGAUGCCCUCAUUAGUCACCGUUACAAAAUCGACGGAAAAAAAAGUGGAAAAGCGCUAUACGAUCCAAAGAUGCCUAUACCUCUUGAAGCGGAACCAAUUAAAUCGAAAGAUCUGAUGCUUAUUCAGGCUGGGAUUCGGCGUUUUGUGGCAGCUCCGAUUUAUUCUACACCAAGUAAUCCUCGUGAAAAAGCUAAAUUUGAGUCGUUUUUUCCUGCUUCAGAAAAUUCCACUGUAGCGACUGUUUAUGCACCAGUGAUGUAUUCUCCUGUGAAUGUUUUACAGUUUAGGAUCAGAGUAACAGAGGAUGAAGAUGGGGAACUAUCUUCACCAUACGUCGGUGAAUUGGUGGCAACAGGGUCUCUGAGAUCAGUCGACCCCAGUCAUUUAAUUAUCAAGAGGAUUUUUUUGUCAGGUCAUCCAUACAAGAUUAACCAGCGUCAUGUAGUUGUCCGAUAUAUGUUCCAUAAUCCAGCGGACGUGCUUCAUUUUCAGCCUGUACAGUUGCAAACAAAGAGCGGAGCUGUUGGGCAUAUAAAGGAACCUGUUGGAACUCAUGGUCAUAUGAAAUGUGUUUUCGACCGACCUAUUCUGGCAAACGAUGUAGCUUUAAUGCCUUUGUACAAGCGAGUGUUUCCAAAAUAUGUUUACGAACCAGUAGUUUCUAAGUACCUCGACAAUAACGAUAGAAGCAAUGAUUAUGUUGUCGCUGACAGCGGUCACUCCAGAUAUGUAAGCUCAGAUGUACUUCAACUAAGAAAAAAAAGUGUUUCCAGUGCUUCACAGGAGAAAAUGGACCAAGACGAAUCAGCCUUAUUUGCUUAAUAUAAUUUGUAAAUACUAUUCACUUUUUUGCCGGAUAUUGUAAAACCGCUUAGUAAAUUUAACAGCCGUUUUGGACGUACAAUCAUUGUUCCAGACAGCAGUAUUUCACAGAUACCUAUCCACAGUAAAACAGUCGAAAAUUAGAGGUUGCAUAGAUUCAG